AUGGCAGUGAAAUGGGAACAGGAGAUCAGACGGCUUGCGCUGAUGUGCAGACAUUUGAGUGCAUUCACCGGUAUCUGCGAUGAGGACCGGAUGUGCCUCUUGAAGGCCGGUUACCGCGAGAUAAUAGCUUUGCGUUCACUCAUUGCUUAUAAUAAUGAUCAUCGAUACUGGGCUGUAGUUUUGGAUUCAAACAAUACAACUAUCCUUAAGAUGGAAACAUUUAAAAUGAUUGACGAAAAUCUGUUUGAAAUUCAUAAGCAGUUCUUCACAAAAUUUGGCGGCGAAUGGGAUUUUGAUACAAUUAUUUUAGACCUGUUGAUUGACGAAAAUCUGUUUGAAAUUCAUAAGCAGUUCUUCACAAAAUUUGGCGGCGAAUGGGAUUUUGAUACAAUUAUUUUAGACCUGCCAUCGCACUGUUUACACCGCAUCGGCCCGACUGUAAUAUUAGGCACAAACAUGUUGUUAAACUUCAACAGCAAAUGUAUAUCCAUUUACUUCGACGAUAUCUAAGACUCAAAUAUUCCGAUUCGGAAUUGAAUGCAAAGUUUGCGACAUUAAUGACAUGUUUGAAUGAACUGAAAUAUUUUUCUGGUUUUAGGAAGACUUUCCUUCAAAAUCAAGGCAAUAACUCAUCUUUUAUAAGUAUACUCUAUGAUAUUUACCCUGAU